AUGUCUACCACUAAUAAUAUCGCCCAGGCCAGGAAACUGGUGGAACAGCUGAGGAUUGAGGCAGGGAUUGAACGUAUUAAGGUAAGAUGAUAGUUAGCCUCCAUGUUCGUUUAAAGGGAUAUUCCGGCGUGAUAUUAAUUUAGGGUCAAACACACUGUAACACCGAGUUAGACACCCCCUUGAGAGAUGAAUGUUGCCGACCGCUUGCUUCUCUAGUUAUACCAACUUUAGUAACGACCGCACGAUAGCAAUACACAGCAGUCUGAGGAGCCAUAAACAAACCUCAACCAAAACGCCACUCUAUAGCCUCAGAUAAUGCUCAGAACAGCACCUAACUUCAUCAACAGUACAUAUAGUGUCCCAGCAAUAGUACUAGCCACCAAACAUCUUUUUAGCUUUGCCUAAUUUCUUUAGCAAAGAGACUAAACACAACUCACCUACUCUCUUCCAGCAGAUGCUUGCAUGUAGUGAGACCCCAGGCCAGUCCAUUACGGACUGCAGCAGGGUGACGCAGCUAAAGGAAGAACAUUUAUGAUCAUUUUUCAUGGAAAUGCAAUCAGAGGGAGACGCUAAGGCAGAAGAACUACCACGUCUGCAGUGCAAAAUGAUAAAUAUGGUGAUUGUAACUCCAAGGAAAUUAUAAAGAAAUGAUCAUAAUUGUUCUUCCUUGAGCUGCGUCACCCCGCAGCAGUCCGUAAUGGACUGGCCUGGGGUCUCGCUACAUGUAAGCAUCUGCUGGAAGAGAGUAGGUGAGUUGUGUUUAGUCUCUUCGCUAAAGAAAUUAGGCAAAGCUAAAAAGAUGUUUGGUAGUUAGUACUAUGGCUGGGACCCUAUAUGUACUGUUGAUGAAGUUAGGUGCUGUUCUGAGCAUUAUUUGUGGCUAUAGAGUGGCGUUUUGGUUGAGGUUUGUUUAUGGCUCCUCAGACUGCUGUGUAUUGCUAUUGUGCGGUCGUUACUUCUCCACCCUCCUCCUAUGCUCAAAAAAUCCUACACACUCCUCUUCCCUUAACUCUGUCCUUUUCUCCUCCCAGGUGUCUAAAGCAGCAGCCGACCUGAUGAGUUACUGUGAGCAGCACGCUCGUAGCGACCCUCUGCUGGUUGGGGUUCCCACCUCUGAAAACCCUUUCAAGGACAAGAAACCCUGCAUCAUCCUAUAG